AUGGAAGGUUUCAUAAAGUUGAUUGAUGAUUGUGUAUUAAUAGACCUGUGGUAUGAGGGCACAUAUUUCACUUGGUGGAGCAAUAGAGAAAGAGAGCAUAACAUAAAUGAAAGAUUGGACCAUUUCUUGGCUAAUAACGCAUGGUGCCAAACUUUUCCUAUGGCAAAAGUGACACAUGGUUCAGCUGCGUAUUCUGACCAUGUACAUAUCCUGUUCCAAACAGAAGAUUGUAUUCCAAGAAGAAGGGGCUCCAGACCUUUUGGAUUUAAAGCAAUGUGGGUGGAAGAUGAUGAGUGUGGAAAGGUGAUUAAGAAUGCUUGGUCUUUCAACUCUAGUCUUGGCCCUAUAAAUGAUGUGCUGCAAAAACUUGAAGGUUAUAGUGAACACCUAGCAAAGUGGAACAAGCAACAUUUUGGCCUAGUACAUAAGAGGGUUCAGCAAGCUAGAGACAAGCUGCCAAAAGUUGGAAAUAACAAUGCUCUAAAACAGGUUGAACUGCAGCAGGCUAGAGAUGACUUGCAAUGCUGGCUUGAGAUGGAUGAGAUAAGAUGGAGAUAG